AUGACAAAGCUACAGAAGAAAGCAAUAUUUUGCCUGGCUGGCACAUUAAGCUUUGCUUGUGCGAUCGGAAUCGCUGCUGCUCUUGGAACCCAGCUCUGGCUAAGAGGUACAAUUCUCUGCAAGACAGGAGCCGUGUUAGUUAAUGCUACUGGGGAUGAGCUGAAGAAAUUCAUCGGGGAAAUCCAGUAUGGUCUUUUUUACGGACAGAGAAUCAAGCAGUGCGGCCUCGGAGGACGACCCACCGCGUUUUCAUGUUAG